GACCGACCCAUGGGACCCCUCGGUCGCUGCUGCCGAUCGACGCGGUCGCCUGCAUUCGCACAAGCAGGCGACCGGCUACUGCUGCGGCUGCGCCCUCUUCUGGGGGCCGCUGGGGCGGUAAGGACCGCCGGCUCAAGCCACCCGCAUCAAAUGCCCCUUCGCAGGAACACCAGCUGGCCCAGCAAUCCUACCAACCCCAAACCCAAACUGAUGCGAGGCAAGCGACGCAGGCUGCCCAAUGUCAAAGCAGGACCAACGGCACCAACAAGUGCAGCAGCAGCCGCCAUGUGGCAUUUAAGGCUUUUCGAUGGCUGCGGACGCAUCAUCAAGUCGCGGCGGAGGUAAUUAUUAACUCAGAUGCUGAUGCGGGAGAAUCCGGACAAGUGCGCCCGGCUCCAACCAGCGGCCAGUUGGCGCAACCUCCUCCACCUUCGCAAGGGGUUCGGUGCGGCCUCAGGAGUGCCGCCGUGCAACGCCGGCAUUACUUUCGUACUUCCGGCGGCGGCGACAGCAGCGAGGGCGGUGGCGGCCGGGGCGGAGGAGGAGGAGGACGAGGGACACAGGCUGAUGGGGAGCAGCAGACAGCCCAAGGCCAGCUCGACACAACAGCGGCAGCACGCCACGGUGCAGCACCAGCUGGCGACAACUCAGCAGCGCCCAGCUCCUCCUUCUCACUCCUCCGUGGCGGCAGCAACAACAGUCGUAAGGCGCAGCAAAACCAGCGGAACCCACACCAACAGCAAAGGCAGCAUCUGUGUAUCAGCUUUGGCAACUGUUCUGGCGCUUUCCUGCUGUCGUGCUUCACUCCAGCUGCUGGCUCCUGCUGCCGAAACGACGCCGACACGGAUGCCGCCACCGCUGCUGCUUACUCAACAGCCGCUGCUGCUUCGAGGUGCAGCAGUAGCAGCCGACAGCAGCAGCGGUUUCCGUGCGCACCAACACCGCAGGCGGAGCCAGCGCAACCGCUACCACCGCCACGCACAGCGGCUGGCACGCGUCCACCGUCCGUCCUCACGCAAGAGGAUGAUGGUGAUAGUGACGUUCCGGCUCGGCCUUUAGGCCUCUGAACAGCUACGUCUGCAAACGAUGUGCCGUGGCGAGGGGGUGAAGGCAGAGGAGGCGAACGAGGAGGAAGAGGAGGAGACGGGAGAGAGAGGCAAUUUUGGGAGUGAGCGAGCUACACCAGGAAACCGGUGGGUGUGGAUACGGUUUCUGGUGAGGAUGCUGCUGCUGCUUUUGAUACGCUGGGUGGUCGCCCUGAAGCACAUGGGCAGGUGCGCCCGGCAGGGAGGGAGGGAGCCCCAUACUUGCAGCAGAGGGAACCCCUUCCCCACUCCUGAUGUGCACAUGCAUCCAUCCCUGCGUGAGGGAGCAGGCCUACCUUACAUGGGUUGUUAGAGAGGCACACUUGCUUGUAGUAUUGAGAGGCGGAUGUGUUGUGAGAUGGUGGGGUAGGCGAUGUUGCGUCUAGCUCCUUGAAAGGGGGGAGAAACGCCCACCUGUAUGGCAAGGGUUGAUGCAAGCUAACGAGCCUGUGAUUGUUUUGGCGCUCCGUUAAAAACAACGUUUUGGGCCGUUAGUGUUUAAAGUUGUUGUUGAUAGAUUUGCAGUAGCGGUCAAGGGGGCAGGGAAGGCAUAUGCUGACGUGUUGAAGGAGGUGAAGGGGCGGCGGGAUGACACGGGAAGGGCAGGGCCGGGCAUACCCGGGUAGGGCUGCAACGUUAGAGGAAUGAUGUGCAGCAUCCGUCAACCCCACACAUUGAUUAAAGCAAGGUAGGACUGGGUAGGUAUUCGUUGCUUGGGUCCGAAUCAGUCGAACAGGCAUGCUAGGGUCAGCAUGAGAGUCAAGCACAUGAGCUGGGCAUGUGCGGGAGGGUGUAAUGGCGAUCAUGAUGGCACGGAGUGUGCGCGAUCUAGCGGCUCAAGGCGGGGCGUAGGGAAGGAAAGAGGAUUGAACGCUAGGGGGUAUUCUAUUGAGGGAUUGGCGUUUUUGGUUAGUUAUGAAGUGUUCUUCGUGCCUACCUACGCCUUCAGCUCUGUCCUGUAAUGAGAGCGGGUUGGUGUUUCUUAACUUGGCCUUUAUGGUACUAGUAUUACCUGUAGCUUUGCCUUGCUGAUGUUCUUACGCUUACUUUCCUAUCUUACCUUUCAGUUAUAGCUUUGUAUGAGUCGGCUGCUUCCCUUGCCGAGGGUGAGGCGCCAUGCACGGGCAGGGGUCCCGUUGGUGCCCAUGUGCACCGCCCUGUACCCUGCCUUAGCCGAGCGAGGUGUUGUUGCGGAGCAGGGGAUUGUUGAUAGUCCAAUCUUGGUACUUUGGAUGUCAGGCAUUUUGUUAGUAUGUAGGGCAUCGUGCGUCUUAGCCCAUCUUGUUCGCACAGAGAUCUUCUUUUGGGCAAUGUGUCUCCUUCUUGAGUGACCAUCGGGUCGGUUCCUUGGCCUUUUCCUCAUUCCAGGCAGCGGACUGGCGCCGCUGUGUGCGCCAUGUGUUUUGUCCGACUGCGAUGCUUUCACCUUCCGACUCUUUUUUGGCCUGAGUUAUUCCGGCCUAGGUUGUUGUGACCCAUGGGUCAUACCGUGAUGACGAGUGCACUGUGGCCGCAGUCGUCUUGGGUCACUACUGUGGUUGCGAGUACGUCGAUGUUAGCUGUGCAAACGUGCUCAAUGGCUAGUUUAGCAGGGCCAACAGCAACAAUUACAGGAGUUGCUGUUGCUAUCCGUUGUUGUCCGUAUUCAUACACCACGAUGCGGCAUGAAAAUGCAAGCCAGCCGCGGGCGUUGCGGCGAUGUGGGGCGAGGAUAGGUGGAAGCCAGUCCCCGGGUUUGUCCAUCCACAACCCAGCAGAAGUACAUGCUUGUCCGGUCGUGGUCCUUGCCAGCAAUGGAAGCCCAGCGUUCUGUUCGCUGCUGUUGCGUUCCCUGGUGUGCAUGCAACGUGCAACAUCCCACAGGCGAAAAAGGCAGAUUGGGGAUUUUUUUUGUAGCAUCUGGUUGUCCUUCCGUUGGGUUUCUUUUAUUACCAGCCGUACAGACAUUUGUGCCAUCUGCUUUAGGUGCAGAGCUGUACGUCUUGCCUGCACGUGGCACGACCACGUACGAGCGUGCGUGGUCCGUGUGCUGUUUAUGUCCUACUAUUAACUUACCUAUCUAGUCGUGUUCUAUCCUGUCGUGUGCAAUAAAUAGCAAAAAUAAUACUGCAAAUCAAAGGAGCAUCCCGUAAUAAGAAGUAGGCCCUUUGCUCAUGUCCGGCCGCAAGCACUGUGUAUUCAUCCUGGUUUGCAUGGGGUUGGCAUUUCAGGUUGUUUGUUGGUCCUUCAAUAAUCAUGCAUGUUGUUCAGGGCACGUUGGUCUCUGUCUGCCCUAAAUCCUUCGUGGGUGCCGCAUUUGUCGUACACCUGGUGUUACCAUGGUUGGAAACACGCCUAACUCAUGCAUGUUAAAGGGCAGAUGGGCCCGGCGGGCUGAAAGAAUCAUGCGGGCGGUUUGGAUGCAGAGUUCUGGCGGCGUUUGGGCAUUAGUGAGCAUAUAGUUGACUCUUAUUCAGGCAAGGCUUUGUUACUUGUUGCAGUUAUUAGGUUAGUGUCUAGUACAGUCGUUGUCGUACUGCAGGUAUACUCCUUUGCUACUGCUUUGCUUCACUUCCUACUUUAUUUCCUUUGUUAUGGCCUCGGUCCUACCUUUAUUCCCUUAGGUCUAUUGGAUGGACCGAGUGAUUGAGCUUACCUUUCCGGUUACUUUGUAAGUUAGCUUAGAUUUCCUGGACUACACGCUGCCUGGGUACGAUGCCUUGGAUUCCCCAUCGAUCUAGUGUGCGCCCUACCCAAGCGCGCACGUCUAGGUGCAAGCAAGGAGAAACGUCUCUUGAAUUUCCUUAUUAGUGGCAAGUGAUCAUGCGGUUACAACGGUUAUGCACAUCGUUGGCUAGCAAGUGUAGAACGGCGGGUUACAUGUACGGCGAAAAUACGGUAGUGUCCCGUGCCUCAUGCUCCAAAUAAACGUACGGGAAAGGCGGGAGCCUGAGUAGUCGUGUUCUCUUCUGUAACAUUUUACCAAGUUAAA